AUGACGUCUCGGAACUAUCUUUUUUGGCGGACUCAGCUUCUGCCCUUUCUUGAUGGUCAAGGCCUGUUAGGGUUCAUUGACGGGAGUACGUCGUGUCCACUGGAGGAGUCGCCGGUUGCUGCUGCUGGAGCUAUUGAUGUGGUUUCUGCCUCUCCGGCUGCUGCUCGUGCGGCUUGGCUUCGACAUGACAAGGCUGUCCUUUCUCUCUUUAUUUCCUGGUUGUCCGAGGAGAUGAUACAUCUUGCGGUUGGUCGGACGUCUUCCUGGCAGCUCUGGUUGUCGGUCGAACAGACUCUUGGAUUGACGACUCGGGCUAGAGCUCUUCGCUUGGUAUUGCAAGCCUUGAGGCAAGGAGAUGCCUCCAUUCCAGAAUACCUUGGCCGUGCGCAGGUUCUCAUCGAGGACUUGGCACUCGUCGGUCGUCCGGUUACUCUCGAAGACCAAAAUAUGUAUAUUUUCCGCGGCCUCCGGUCUGAAUACCGGCCUCUGGUGGCGUUGUUGAUGAGAAGUGCUCCGCUGUCGUUGAGCGAGCUGUCGGAUUUUCUGGUCUCUUAG